GCCAUCAAAAGAUAUCAAGUGCCGACAUCCAGACCAUCGCAGUUCACCAGCUACGGGAAAAUACACCAUGUCGCUCUUCAGAUCCAAGCGCCUGGACCUCAGCGGGUUCAUCAACGCCCGUGUCAUCCGUGACCACACCAAGCGGAAGGUUUUCGAGCAGCACGAGCCUGAACGUCAAGCUCUCCGCUACAUCAUCCGCAACACCUCCCUCCCGCAGCGUACCCGUGCCCAGGCUCAAUUGCAGCUUUCCCAGAUGCACGCCUACACCCGGCCCACCCAGAUCAAGAACCGCUGUGUGGCGGGUGGUAUUGCUCGAAGUGUGAUUCGCGACUUCAGAAUUGCUAGAUACCAAUUCCGUCAACAGGCACUGGCUGGUGAACUACCCGGUGUGAAGAAGGCCAGUUGGUAGUGUGUCCAUAUACUGCGGAUUGUUUUAUUAUGUUCAUGGCUACUGGGUCAGCCGGUUUGCACGAGGGCGUUUAAUUCCAUACUUUUUUUCGAGAAAGAUG